UCUACUUGGAUUUAUGUAGAGGUGAGACCAACAGUAAUCAUAUAUAAUUGCCUACUCCAAUUACAAAUGUAAGUCAUUUAAAGGAUUGACGGGGCCGCUAAUGUGACGGACACAUCAACCAUUCGUGCAAAACUCAUGUGUAGGCUACAAUACAACUAUUCCAUUAUUUUUAAAAAUAAAUCCACAUACUAUUCCCCCAUCCAGAUGAGCAUUCUGCAGAAACAACCAACUCUACCUUACAUUACAUAGGCAGUUACCAAUGACUUAUUGCUCGUACGCGUGAAUCCGUGAGUUAACCACCACCAGUCUUCCGGCCAACCGGCAAUGCAAGCUACAUUGUAGCCCCCGUAUGUUUCACCUGCUUCUAGCUGCUUUUCUGAGCCAUUCCCUGUGACAAAGCGCCAUCCACCCAUCAAUGUCUCACGAGCUCGCUGCGUCGUCGUCACGACCGAUCAAAUCCAUCCAUGCACCGGUUGGAUUCAUCGGUUGAACUCCCAACCUACCUGCCUAGCUGUCGGAGUAACUCGAUCGAGCUCCCCGGCUGCCCAGCAGGCUAUAUAUAUUUGAUCGAUCGAUGAUCGGAGAGCAUGCACGUAGCAGUCUCGAGAUCGAGGUCGCGCGGUGGCCGGUCGCCGGAGAUAAUGGGCUACGACGGUAGGAGGCUCGCGCUAGCGGUGGCAGUGGCGGCGGCGGCGGCGGCGUGCUGGGCGGCGGAGACGAGGGGCGUGGCCGCGUGGGGCGCGCCGCAGCCGGCGGCGCCGUGCAUGUACAUCUUCGGGGACUCGCUGGUGGACAACGGCAACAACAACAACAUCCUGAGCCUGGCGCGCGCCAACUACCGCCCCUACGGCAUCGACUUCCGCGAGGGCCCGCCCGGCCGCUUCACCAACGGCCGCACCAUGGUCGACUUCCUCUCCGACAUGCUCGGCCUCCGCCCGCCGCUCGUCCCGCCCUACGCCGCGGCGCGCCCCGCCGACCUCCCCCGCGGCGCCAACUUCGCCUCGGGAGCAUCCGGCAUCCUCGCCGAGACAGGAAACAACCUGGGUGGGCACUACCCGUUGUCGGAGCAGGUGGAGCACUUCCGCGCGGCGGUGGGCGCCAUGGGGAACGCGUCGGCGUUCCGCGGCAACGCCACGAGGCUGGCGGAGCACCUGGGCCGGUGCAUCUUCUUCGUCGGCAUGGGCAGCAACGACUACCUCAACAACUACUUCAUGCCCGACUACUACGACACCGCGCGGCGGUACAGCCCGCGGGACUACGCCGCGCUCCUCCUCCAGGGCUACACCGCCCAGCUCGCCGCGCUCUACGGCCUCGGCGCCCGCAAGUUCGUCAUCGCCGGCGUCGGCCAGAUCGGGUGCAUCCCCUACGAGCUCGCCAGGAUGAACAGCGACAGCCAACCUUCCGGGCCCGACACCCCCUCCUCCGUUGCAAGUGAGGACAUCGCUAUAUCCAUUGGCAUCGGCGGCGGCGGCGGUUUUGGAGGCGGCGGCGGUGGCGGUUUUGGCGGUGGCGGCGGUGGCGGGAGGUCAUCGCCAGCGUCGUCAAACACGAGCGGCGGCGGCGGCGGCAGCGGCAGCGGCAGCAGCAACGCGAACCCGACGCCGCCGCCCGACGCCGCCGGCGCGUGCAACGAGACGAUCAACAGCGCGGUCGCCAUCUACAACCGGGGCCUGCUGGCGAUGGUGAAGCGCCUCAACAGCCGCGGCGGGGCGCAGCCGCAGCAGCUGCGCGGGGCGCGGUUCGUCUUCCUGGACACCGUGCAGAGCGGCAAGGACCUCGCCGCCAACGCCGCCGCGCACGGGUUCACGGUGCUGGACCGCGGGUGCUGCGGCGUGGGCCGGAACAACGGCCAGAUCACGUGCCUGCCCCUGCAGCGGCCCUGCGACGACCGGAGCGCCUACAUGUUCUGGGACGCCUUCCACCCAACGGAGGCGGCCAACAGGAUCUACGCCGCCAGGGCCUUCGGCUCCAACAACACCGCCGAGGUUUACCCCAUCAACGUCAGCCAGCUCGCCGCCCUAUGAACAUGCAUAUGUCAACGGCUCCAAUGCAAAACGAUUCAUCCAACGUCCAUAGAUCGACAAAUAAUCUAGGGCUGCUUUUAUGUCAAGUUGAAUUCCCAAGCUGAGUAGUGGUUUAUAAAUGGGAGGUCUCUGGACAAACCUCUCUUUAAUCCGGUCUAAUCUUGUGUCCAUUUCAAAAUAAAAAGAAUAUGUUGUCUC